UUCGUAAUCAGCGAUGCCAGAAAAACGCAUACCCCUUCCACCAGUAAAUUGGCUCGAUUCCCCUCUGCGAAUUAUUCACUGCAAUGAACCUACUAACGAUAAUAGGGACAGCGUGACGUCGCGGUUUUAUGGCGGUGAUUACGAACAUGAAUCGUAGACACUCGUAUUUUUACAUUUACUUAAAGUAAAUUCAUUCUCCGACAACCUUUUUCCGACAAUUCUGGGUAUGGGACGCGUUGGGCAUCCAAUUUCUGGCAUCUCUCAGCAUCCCUGUUUGGCAAAGGUUAAGCUUGAGGCGGUCUUCAGUUUGUUUCGCUUUGAUUAACUAGUACACGUCAAAAGAGAGAAUGCCGGAGCCUGAAAACGCCGGAGCCGAACCUCGCGAACAUCCGGAGGCAAUGGAAGAGACUGCACGUGCCGCGCGCAGUAAAGAACGGGGCUCACUCAUAGGCGCCAUCGACGAAGGAACGAGCAGCGCUAGAUUUUUAGUAUUUGAUGUACUGCAUAGAACAGUAAUAGCUUCGCAUCAAAUUGCAAUCAAGCAAAUUUACCUACACGAAGGAUGGGUGGAACAGAAUCCAACGGAGAUAAUGAACGCUGUUACAGAAUGUAUGACGAAAACAGUGGAGAAACUGGAAAGCAUGGGUCUGCGGGCGUCAGACAUCAAAGCAAUCGGAAUCACGAAUCAACGAGAAACUUCCGUGAUGUGGGAUAAACAGACAGGAGAACCGUUGCAUAAUGCGAUAGUAUGGCAUGAUAUGAGGACAACCACGACUUUGGAAGAAGUGUUAGACAAAGUACCCAAUAAAACGAGGAAUAAAAAUUAUUUGAAACCACUCUGCGGUCUACCGAUGUCCCCGUACUUCAGUGCUCUAAAAGUUAAAUGGUUGAUCGACAACGUGCCACGCGUUCGGUACGCUGUGCAAGAGCAGAGAUGUUGCUUCGGAACGAUAGACAGCUGGAUUCUUUACAAUCUGACCAAAGGAAAAAUACACGUGACCGAUGUCUCAAACGCGUCUCGCACCAUGUUGAUGAACAUCGACACGUUGAAAUGGGAUUCGUCAUUGUGCCAAUUUUUCGAUAUUCCCCGACAUAUACUACCGGAUAUACGUUCCAGUGCCGAAGUGUAUGACGUGAUCGUCGAGCCGAAAGUUCUUGCCGGCACGCCUAUAUCAGGGUGUAUAGGUGAUCAGCAAGGUGCGCUUCUUGGUCAAUUGUGUUUGGUGCCUGGCCAGGCGAAGGCUACUUACGGAACUGGCUGUUUUCUACUUUACAACACCGGGAGCGUGAAAGUGGAUUCGACGCACGGUCUCUUAACGACCGUUGGAUACAAGUUCGGUGAACAUCCAGUGGUUUACGCGUUGGAAGGAUCGGUGGCCGUGGCUGGAGCAGCUUUUUCCUGGUUACGCGACAAUUUGCAGCUGUUCAAUACAUUCACACAAUUUCAAGAAAUGGCUGAACGCGCACAAACUUGUGGAGACGUGUAUUUCGUGCCUGCGUUCUCCGGUUUGUACGCUCCAUAUUGGCAGCAAGACGCGCGAGGAGUGAUCUGCGGUAUCACUGAGGAGACGCACGACUACCACAUCAUACGAGCAGCGUUAGAAGCUGUUUGCUUCCAAACGAGAGAUGUUUUAGAAGCGAUGAUGAAAGAUUCCAAUACGAAACUAAAGUCGUUACAGGUCGACGGUGGAAUGACUGUAAAUAAUCUACUCAUGCAGUUACAAGCUGAUUUAACGGGCAUCACUGUUGCGAGGCCUAAUAUGGUCGAAACGACAGCGUUGGGUGCAGCUAUAUUAGCUGGUAUUGGAAUAGGUAUCAUCGACAUACACGACGUGGAAGCGUCGCAGGUCACAAAAUUCGAACCGUCUAUCGGAGACAACGAGAGAGAUUUAAGAUACUCGAAAUGGAAGAUGGCAAUAGAGAGAUCUAUGAAAUGGGAAGUAAUUGUUUAGCGAGUUAACGAAGAGUAGGAUAAAGAUAAUAAACAGAUUCCGUUUACUUGUAAAGAAUAAUUAGCGGACACUGUCGUACAGAGUUAAAUCGCACGUUCUACCGAAUAAGAAUGUAACUUUGUUUAUUGUUUAAUUUAAAAUACAUUUAUUAUGAAUAGUU